AGGCGCUCGGCAUCUCCGCUGGAGCGUGACAAAUUCCGACACCGCAGUCGGACACCCGAGGCGGCGGACCAGGGCAAGAAGCGUAGGGCCGAGGAUAAGGCAGCUGAAAGUGAUGGAGAAAAGAGUGACCAAGAUCUUGUUGUUGAUACGGAGAAAGCGGGCACCCCCGUGUCGAAACCGACGACUCCAACAAGCUCAGGCAGCACCACACCGGGGCCCUCUGCUGGCCUCAAGCAUGGUGGGUUUUGAGGCCCAUGGCUCACAUGGUGCAAUGCGACCUUCUCUCAGCAGCAUUCCUGGGGGGAAGCCAGCUUAUUCAUUCCAUGUAAGUGGUGACGGUCAGAUGCAGCCCGUUCCAUUUCCCCCCGAUGCGCUCAUUGGGCCGGGCAUCCCCCGACACGCACGUCAGAUCAACACAUUGAACCACGGGGAAGUGGUGUGUGCCGUCACAGUCAGUAAUCCAACGCGGCACGUGUACACGGGUGGAAAGGGUUGUGUCAAGGUGUGGGACAUCAGUCAGCCAGGCAACAAGAGUCCUCCCAUCUCGCAGCUGGACUGUCUGCAACGGGACAACUACAUUCGUUCUAUCAAACUUCUUCAAGAUGGCCGAACGUUGAUAGUGGGUGGAGAAGCCAGCACGUUAACAAUCUGGGACCUGGCAACUCCUAAACCGAGGAUCAAGGCAGAGCUGAACUCGAGCGCCCCGGCCUGCUACGCUCUGGCCAUCAGCCCCGACGCCAAGGUGUGCUUCAGCUGCUGCAGCGACGGGCACAUCGCGGUCUGGGACCUGCACAACCAGACUCUGGUCAGACAAUUCCAAGGCCACACAGAUGGAGCCAGCUGUAUCGACAUCUCUCCCGACGGCACCAAGUUGUGGACCGGAGGUCUGGACAACACCGUGCGUUCCUGGGAUCUCCGGGAGGGUAGACAGCUGCAGCAGCAUGAUUUUACGUCUCAAAUUUUCUCAUUGGGUUAUUGUCCUAAAGGCGAAUGGCUUGCCGUCGGGAUGGAGAGCAGCAACGUGGAGGUGUUGCAUCACUCCAAACCAGACAAGUAUCAGCUGCACCUGCACGAGAGCUGUGUGCUGUCUCUCAAGUUUGCCUACUGCGGGGAGUGGUUCAUUAGCACAGGCAAAGAUAAUCUGCUCAAUGCUUGGCGCACACCGUACGGAGCCAGUAUAUUUCAGUCCAAAGAGCCGUCCUCAGUGCUGAGUUGUGAUAUAUCUGCUGACGACAAAUACAUUGUCACAGGCUCAGGGGACAAGAAGGCCACGGUGUAUGAGGUCAUUUUCUGAGUGCUUCAUGCGGGACAGACAUCACACUAAGCCAGGGAGUGAAAUCGUUUUCCGAGGGAGUGAAAUCGUUUUCCGAGGGAUUGAAAUCGUUUUCCCGAGGGAUUUUACUGAGGAAGACGAAGCCACAGUCUAUGAGAUUGUUGUUCUCUGAGUGAGCGCUUUUCACGAGACGAAAGACCAAAAGGCUGCCUGGGAAGUCAUGUCUGAACUCUUCACCAGGGACCCUUCCCGGCUGCUAUCAGACAAAUCACAUUGGAGUAGCAGUUAUUUCAAAGGAGGAUGGUACUUGUGUUCACGCAGCAGCGGCAGGGCCCCGAGUGUUGGAAUGAUAACUUACCUUCGGACUCUGGCUUUUUUGAGGGGGUGGGGCGGACGGACGGAGAGCUGUUGUCUGUUCUUCUUUGUGUGGAAGGACAGUUACAAUGUGGUGGUGGUGUGUGUGUGUGUGUGUGCCUCAGACGGUGAAGUUGCCCCGAGGACGCCAGUGAGCCAGUCAGCCAGCACUUUGCCACCCCCGCUGGCUGCCCUGGAGAGUAGAAGGAUUUAUCGCCACUGGCAGAGUAUUGGGUGUUGUUCUGAUUCCUGGAAUCACUCGAAGGAAUAGCAGCCUUUCUAAUACAGUGGAAUGGUAUUACUGGAUUACUGGAUCCCCCCGCCCCCCCUCCCCCUUUCCCCUAUUACCCCCUUAGUGUGCAUCAUUGGAUAGACAUUCACAUUCACUCUUUUGAAACUAGAUAGGAACUGAUACGCAGUGAACUGUUAGGAGACGUUUCACCCAGUGCAUUUUUAUGAGCUUCAUUCUCUGUGAAGUUCUGGGGAAUCUUACUCCUGUGCCGUGGAUGGAUGUACUAGCUCAUUUCUGAUGUAUCGGUGGAUGGAUAUCAAGCCAUGGGAUUAUUGGUUGAAGUUUUCGCUCUUGUUUAUGAUUUGGAUAGAUUUUUAUCCGUUGUGGAUUUGUGGUUGACGUUUCACCACUUUUAGAUCAGUGGAUUAAAUUUCAUUUUUCAUGAUUCAUUGGAUAGAAGUUCUGUGCUAUUUUACCUUUUGAUAUAGUUUUAGUGUUGGUAAUGGAUAGUGUUUCACAUUUUAUGAACGGUUGGAUAGAAUUUCGCUGUCCUUGAAUCGUUGAGAUGAUGAACGUUUGAGAACAUAAGCUUGAUGUCCGUAAAUAUUGUGUUCAGAUUUUUAUUUGUUGAAAAGAUUUAAAUCUUUACAGAAUUAAGUGUCGUUGAAAUAAAACAGCCUAGGUCUGGGGAUGACAUUUCAAAGAUAAGGGAAUUGCGUUUGUUGGUUUCGCUUCACAUUCUGUUUAGUUGUAUUGCUUAGAGUUCGCUUCAGGAAUGUUACAAAUCCUAGUGUUGGAUUACUUGUCUCAUACGGCUUCUUAAGAGUGGUUAUAGAUUUAUCCAUCAAAAGCUACCGGUUGAGUGAGUGAAUUGUGUGCUCCUAUUUCUUCUUUCACUGUUGCAGUUGUCAGAGUCCUCUUACUGCUGGUGACCCGAGGUGGUCUGGCCCAAUUGGAAAUAAAAGUGUAUUGUCACUGACAUACACUGUAGACAUACUUACUGAUUUGAGGAGGGGUUGUAUUUGUAGUGGGAUUGGUAGCCAGAGUCUGUGGUUUACACAGGAGGUGUAAAUAGUAUGGGUCUCAAUAUUCCGUGGUUUAGCGGAUUUCCACCGCUUAACUCCACUACGGCUACUCUUUUACUUGAAAUUAUCUUCCAAACUCUCAAAUUGGUAUGGAUAAAUUGAUGGUUUUUAUUUCAGCAUUCUAGGGUCAAAGUCAAACAGUAUAGUAAAAAUAAUGGGUGUCUCGUGAAAAUGGUCUUCUGUCGCAAUCAGACUGACAGUUCCUCCUUUUUUAAAAUUCUGAGUUGAGACCCAUAAAAAUAGGAGAUGGCGUUGGUCCUUCCUUUGGCACCCACUUACCGGAUUCUUCUGCUAAAUGAUCACACACACACACACACACACACACACACACACACACACACACACACACACACACACAAAAAGAGAAAAGGAAAUUUUUGUUGUCGAGUUUUUGUUGUCGUAGAAUUUACAUACAUAGAUCUCUUGAGUGUGUGUGUUCAGUCCAAUGAUGCCUGCUGGGUGGGGAUUCAUUCUCCCUGUUAAAGAAGUACUUCAUCAUUACAACAAACACCUUGAUUCAACACUUGUCACCGCCCUUUUUGAGUUCAUCAUGUGUAUAUAAAGACUUAACUUCUUCCUUUGAUUUAAGAAAGAAAAAAAAAACAAUGUGCUAUUAUUGAUUGAUUGAUUGAUUGAUUAAUUAUCAUAACUUUGUUUGUAUCUAAAGAUUUAUUUGAAUGUUUGUUGCUGUUUAUCUUUCUUGACCUGCGUGUCGGGAGACACCUGAAAGGGACCAUCUACCUCGUUGUGCAAGUGGGGUGGGAGUGCUGGUGAAUAUUGUGGUGGUUCACUGGGGAGGUUCAUGGUCUGUAUAUCUUGGUGAGUUUGGCAAGCAUGCUACACAACACAGUGUCCCCUUGUCCCGACAUUGUGCGCCCCCCUUGUCUUUUCUCACUCAUUUUUCCUUUCUUACUUUUCCUAUGUCCUAUGUCUCUACAGUGUAGAAAUGUUUGUGCGUGUGUGUGUCUCUGUGUGUGUGUCUGUGAGUCAAGUGUGGCUGAAGUGCAUUUUGUAUUAUUUGUAUAUAUAUAGUGGAUAUAAUACAUUAAAUGACAAUUUCAUUCAACUGCA